AUGCAUUUAACCCCAUUCCUUAUUUUCUUCUGGAGCUUUUUCGCCCAUGGCAGAAUCGGUCGUGUGCGUUGUCUUACGCGAGAAUGCCAUCUGUUUUUGAGUCCUGUGGGUAGUAGGGCGCUGUGGCUUGGGGGAAUCGGAGCGAAGGGAAGGCGAUCCUCAAGGGAUAGUCAGUGGAUCGGUGGUCCCUCCAAGGGGAGACUAAACCGAGGGAAAACUCCAACUGUGGGUAAUGUCCCCUGGAGAAAAAGUCCAAACGAACUUUACCUCUUGAGAGGAAUCAAAAAUGUCUUCGGUUUUUUUAACUGGUUUGGGAACGCCGAAAAUGAGAAAUUCUGCGAUGAUGUUAUCGCUCACCUGGGGGACAUAAAUAAAAUGAAGCAGAUCACACGCAAUCACACGGACAGGAACGUGAUGGAAGUAGAAACAAUGAAAAAGAUUUUUCAUCAUGUCCUAACCUCCUCCAUGAGCUACAAAGUGUUGAAUUGUGUGUCCUACCUGAUUAAGCGUUACAAAGUGGAUCCAUCCAAGGUGUGCACCCUGCUGAACGAAUUAAGCGAAGAAGUGCAGGAAAUGAGAAACGCAGAAAAUUUCUUGGCGUUACACAUUUUCUUUUUGGAGGACGAGAGUGUCGCGCUCUUUUCCAUGAUGCACAUAAUUGACUUUUUCAAAAGUAAAAGGAGGUUGAUGGAAGCCCAGGACACCAUUCGGAAGAAAAUCUACGAACAGUGUGUGAAUGAUCUCAUCAGAAAAAAAGUAACCAAAUACAAGCUCUUUUGCGAACGGAAGGGAAUUCCAUUCCACUUAGGGAACGCCUUAGAUAAAAUUCGUUUGAAUGAAAAGGAAGAAGAUAUUUACUUCAGUUACAACCAUGAGGAGUUGUUAAGGGUGUUUAUUAGAAAGGUUUCCAUGGAGAAAGGAAAAGGAUUAGGUAAUGAAGAACUGGAAGGUAACAUGGGAGGACGAAGCCAUGUCGGCGAUGUGGACAGAUUAGGAAGUAUGGAAUAUCCUGCCACUCAUCACAGUGCUGAGUAUGGUGAGGGUUACAUUUCUGACCGCACCACUGACCAAUCGAUGAAUCACCAAAGGGUUGACAACUCCGCUGAACGUGUUGCAGAUGCAGAAGAGAACGAAAACUUGAUGGAACUAAAAAAAACAUACGAAGAGAUUCAGUCCUUUAACGACUCCAUAAUAAAGCACAUCGAGUCGAAACAGCGCUUCUUCUACUUUGAUGAAAACGAAACCGAGUUUAUGCAAAACAGAAGGCAAGCGAAGGGAGUGAAGGGGCAAAGUAAGCAAGGCGGAGAAUACAACAAAAAUGAUGAGGAUAACAACGACGACGAUGAGGAAGAGGAAGACAUGGAAUCCAUUCAGAAAAGGAUAGACAACUACAUACACGAAUACACAAAAAGCAAAAACAUAUCUAUGGAACAGUUCACUAAUGAGUUCGUGCAACAGGCAGAUUUGAAUUUCAAGAACUUCCUUGAGGGAUUACAUCUGGGGGAAGGCGUCGCGAACGUGGAUGAGGGAAACGCAGACAGCGUAACUGCUUACAACGAAAUGUUGAAUGGAGGAAGUGUCGGAACGGUAGGCAGGGAUCGUAAGAAAGACGAACUAACCACAUUCAAACUGAAGAAGAUGUACGAAGGAGACACAAAUGAAUCUGGAUUCCAUUUAACAAACGACCUCCUCUACGAACGACUGAGGAUGAGAAUGCUCUAUCUACUGCAAAAAAUUGAAUACCUUAAGUUUAAAUAUCAGCAUGACAUUAUUAAUGAAAGAUAUCCUAUCGAGAAAAAUGAAAAAACUGUUUUGGAUGUUCUAAAGUAUGGAUACAAGAUUGUUGUUUCUCCUGAUGUUGAUAAUUCUAUCUUUAAGAAGAACCAGCAUGUGCAGGGCGGUCUCACUUCGAAUUUGUAUGCCAAUGAUAUGAAGGGCGACCCAGAGGAGGGAGAAUUCCCCCGGGGAAAAAAGCAUGUUUACGACUUCAAGUGUCGUGAAUGCGACUACCACAUUUUCAGCACCGGCGAAAAUCAGUUUUCAGAAGAGAUAGCGACAUGUCCACAGUGUCACGCUGAAAGUUGA